GUUUACUAAUAAUCUAGAAUGCAGUUAUCGAAAAUCGUGUCUCGCAGCUAGUUUUUUAGUUGAGUAGAAGUGAUUUACAUAAUUUUCCAUGGUAAAUGUAUUAAACGUGCGUUUUUACGAUUUAAAACUAAAAACGAUUUUCUUCGACUGAAGGUUGAUUGAAGGAAGUAAAGAUUUGUUAAACUAUCUGCAAAACCAUGAUUCUUGUCCAUGCAAUAUGCAUUUGUUUGCUAUUUAACUAUGCAGUGUCGGGCAUCCCAAAGCCCGAUGAAAAACGAGUACUGGAUCAUGAUACACUAAGUCACGUUCAACAUUACCAAAACGACGAGCACAAUAAACAGUACGAUCAUGAAGCAUUCCUAGGCGAAGAUGCCAAAACGUUUGAUCAACUUGAAGCCGACGAAAGUAGAAGACGCUUGGGACUGAUCGUUGAUAAAAUAGAUGGUGACAAAGAUGGUUUCGUAAAUCUAUCCGAGUUAAAAUCGUGGAUUCAAUAUACACAGCGACGUUACAUAGAUGAUGAUGUUAACAGACAAUGGAAAACCCACAACCCCAACAAUACCGACAAGAUUCACUGGGACAUAUAUCGAAAGAAUGUGUAUGGGUUUUUGGACGAUUUCGCUUCGCAAGAAUCGGAAAAUAUGGGAGAAGAACACUUUUCUUAUCGUGCCAUGCUUAAAAGAGAUCGCCGGCGAUGGAGCAACGCCGAUCGUGAUGGAGACGAUCAGUUAUCGCGGGAAGAGUUUACUGAUUUUUUGCACCCAGAAGAGAGUAGUCACAUGCGUGAUGUUGUCGUGACUGAAACAAUUGAGGACAUUGAUAAAGAUAAGGAUGGAAAGGUGUCGGUUGAAGAGUACAUUGGGGAUAUGUACAGGCAAUCGGAGGACAACGAGGAAGAACCAGACUGGGUAAAGCACGAGCGAGAAACUUUCUCGAACUUUCGUGACAAAGACAAGAAUGGCUUCAUGGAUGAACAAGAGGUGAAGGAUUGGAUAACACCAGCAGACUUUGACCACGCUGAAGCGGAAGCGCGCCAUCUCAUCUACGAAGCUGACUCAGAUGCAGAUGAAAAACUAACGAAGGAUGAGAUCAUCGAGAAAUAUGAUCUUUUUGUAGGAUCACAGGCUACGGAUUUUGGUGAGGCGCUAACAAGGCACGACGAAUUCUAAAUACAUAAGGUAUAAGGUGGACCACAAUGAAACUCGAAACAACGCGCCCUUCAGUUAAAGAACGAUUUCAGGUUCCUUCUUUUUCAUGAGUCACUCAUUUGUGGGUUCUUAUCGAUAUGUUCGACUGCACGAGUAAUUCAUAACCUUAUUUGGCAUGUUAAAAUGUGGUCACUUUAUGUGUUUUAACCCAUGUGUGCUAACAACGUUUAGUUGUUACCAAUAACUCGUACCCUGCAACUCAUGAAAUGAUAUUAUUUACCCUUGAGAAGAUACCCAUCCUCUACUUACAUAUUUGGUAUAAAAAUUUAUCAAUAAAUAAAACUACUACUAACUACUUGAAUAAAAACUAAAGUAAAAGAGUAAAUGAGGCCCUGGCCGCCAUAUUUUCGAUCGUGGUUACACCUCUUGUGGACGUUUAAACUGAUAUGUAUGUGAUACAUUAAUUCGUAAAAUUCAACUUACGAGUAUUUGAACCGUAGUUUGUACCGUUAAUUUCGGCUACGCAAUCAACCUAAUGGUGCGGUAUGAGGGGGGCCCACGGGCCCCCCCUUAUUUCUUAAAACUAUAACAAACUCUCUUUUUCGGUAGACCUAGCGCAGUCCGCUCGCUGCGGGCGCGCCGCCGUUUCCAAAUCAUUUCUUCGGGUAAACUCAUUGUUUCAUGCUGUCCAUCAUGUGUGGUAUAGUUUAGUUACUAGUAACUUACAGUAACUUAACAUGUAAAAGUAUAUUAACCCGCAUUCAACCUCCACUGCGUGAUUAGUUUAAACCGUUAUGUUCUUUUAAGCGAACCGCGAGCGAUCAAAUAUUUGAAAAGUAUGCAUGCGUCGCGCUUUGCAUAGCUUCAGGCGCAUAAUGUGAACCAGUAGGAAGAGGAGAAUCUAACCCGGGGCCUCAUUUACUCUUUUACUAUGGUGGCAAGAGCAUAACUAAUGCAAUGAAAUGAAAGGGUGACUAAUUAAAUUAAAGAUCCAAUCCUUGUUUACACAUAUUUCAUAAGUCUGUUCUAUUUCGACUCCAACUGUCUUGUUAGUAAGAAGCAAGCUCUCGAAAAAAAAAAAUUUCUGUUUCAGAAACAUCUUGUAAUAAACACAUUCUUCUGCCAUGAAUCAUGUGCGAGUAAAAUGUAUUGACAUGUAGUAGAAUGUGACUACUUAGCCAAGUUAGCUUUCCGUAUUGUUAUCCAUAUUGCUCAUAUUCAUAAAGAAUGUCUAAAAAUAGAAAAGCUUUUGCACGUUCUUGGUUUAGACCUAAUUGUUUUUUUUUUCUUUUCUGGCAAAACCGUCGUCUUCGGUUUUGGCGGCCCUUACAUGGGAAAAAAGGAAAAAAGGAAAAAAAAUUGAAAAGAUCUGGUGUAGUAUA